CUGAGAAAAGAGUGCCAGCAAUGCCUGGAUCUCCUGUGGAAGUGAAGAUACAGUCAAGAUCCUCACCUCCCACCAUGCCACCCCUGCCACCAAUAAAUCCCGGAGGGCCCAGGCCAGUGUCAUUUACUCCUACAGCAUUAAGCAACGGUAUCAACCAUUCUCCUCCUACCCUGAAUGGUGCCCCAUCACCACCACAGAGAUUCAGCAAUGGUCCUGCCUCUUCCACAUCGUCGGCACUAACAAAUCAACAGUUACCAGCCACUUGUGGUGCUCGGCAGCUCAGCAAAUUGAAACGCUUCCUUACCACUCUGCAACAGUUUGGCAAUGACAUCUCACCUGAGAUUGGGGAGAAGGUGCGGACUCUUGUUCUGGCACUGGUGAACUCAACAGUAACAAUUGAAGAAUUCCAUUGCAAGCUCCAAGAGGCUACAAACUUUCCUCUUCGUCCUUUUGUGAUUCCAUUCCUCAAGGCCAAUCUGCCCCUGCUGCAGCGAGAACUGCUGCACUGCGCUCGAGCCGCCAAGCAGACCCCAUCCCAGUACCUGGCUCAGCACGAACACCUUCUGCUCAGCACAAGUAUUGCGUCACCUGCUGAUUCUUCCGAACUGCUCAUGGAAGUGCAUGGAAGUGCAAAGAGGCCCAGUCCAGAAAGGAGGGAAGAGAACAGUUUUGAAAGAGAUACAGUUCCUCCUGAGCCUCCGGCCAAGAGAGUGUGCACCAUCAGCCCUGCUCCCCGGCACAGUCCUGCCCUCACUGUGCCCCUCAUGAAUCCUGGGGGCCAGUUCCAUCCUACUCCUCCACCUCUUCAACACUACACCUUAGAAGAUAUUGCAACUUCACAUCUGUAUCGUGAGCCCAACAAGAUGCUAGAACAUCGAGAAGUUCGUGAUAGACACCACAAUCUUAGUCUAAAUGGAGGCUAUCAAGAUGAGUUGGUAGACCACCGUUUGACAGAAAGGGAAUGGGCUGAUGAAUGGAAACAUCUUGAUCAUGCUCUGAAUUGCAUUAUGGAAAUGGUAGAGAAGACAAGGCGCUCCAUGGCAGUUCUGCGGCGCUGUCAGGAAUCUGAUCGUGAAGAACUCAACUACUGGAAAAGACGAUGUAAUGAAAACACAGAGAUGAGGAAGACAGGGAGCGAGUUGGUCUCCAGGCAGCACAGUCCUGGGAGCGCCGAUUCUCUCAGCAAUGAUUCGCAGCGGGAAUUCAACAAUAGGCCAGGAACAGGAUAUGUACCUGUGGAGUUUUGGAAAAAAACUGCUUUCGCAUACACCUGGACUGCGCUUCACAGGAUUUUUUGCAGGUCAAGAAUUUCAGAUGACGUCUUACUGCAUACCCUUCUGCUGGGUCAUCCUGAGGCAUUAAAAGCUGUGAAUAAGGUGAAAAUUCAGGCCAUGUCAGAAGUACAGAAAGCUGUUGCUGAGGCAGAACAAAAAGCCUUUGAAGUGAUUGCAACAGAGAGAGCUCGGAUGGAGCAAACCAUAGCGGACGUCAAACGGCAGGCUGCGGAGGAUGCCUUCCUCGUCAUAAAUGAGCAAGAAGAGUCAACAGAGGUCAGAGUUCUGUUAGCCCUGGGGGCUGGGGGGGCCGGGGCUGGGGCAGCUGCAGUCCCCGAGCCCACUGUUUUCUUCUUAAGUGCUAGGCAGUAAGAUAAAAUGGUCAGCUCUUGAACUAGAUGAUUAUAAUUUUUAUCUAGUACCAGAAGAAUUUUGUUUCUUAAUUAUUAUAUUCUUAGAUAAAUCAGCACAUUGUAUCAGUUUCAAUUUUGAAAACUCACCCUGAAGACAGGGUGGAAUUACAUGAUUAUGAAGGCUACCUUUGACUAGUGGGCUCACCAGGUACCAGAGACACAGAGUUAAGUGUAUGUGCUGCCUUUUUGAUCCUCACAGUGACCCUAUGAGGUAGGUAUUGUUGGGUUCUGAUUUUACACAGAGGAAACUGGGGCUUAAGGAAUUUUCACUGAUGUAAUCCCUCGGUGCUGAAGCCAGGGUAGGGGUAAGGAGAUGCAGGGCCCUAUAGCAUUUGGUCUGUUUAUAAAGAGGAUAGUUCUUGCGUGGAUUGAAGUGACAUACCGGGCAGACCUGCCCACCUCUCCAAGACCCAAGGCCCAGCACAUGGUGAUGUUUCUAUCCAGGACACUUCUACCACAGUGAGGACAAAAGUAAAACUGAAAAGAAAAAGUGUAUGACAAAAAUAUCAUAAUAGUCCUUUGGAAUAUAAUAAAGUUCUUCUGUAAUUUUCA